GGCCGGGGCCGGGGCCGGGGCCGGGGCCGGGGAAAAGGGUGCUGUGGUGCGUCAGCCUCCGACCAGCAUUUGUCGUCUGCGCGGACGCGAAGUCCCCGUGGUCAUGGUCGCCUGGGAAGGAAGGGUGCGCACAAGAAACCGUUGCGAUACCCCAACUACCCGCCGUCGGCUUCAACGAGAAUGCCGGGCAAGAUCGACAUUGAGACGGCAGAGUCGGACGGUUGGCUGCCGUCGGCUGUGCCAGGGUCAACCGACUCUGGCUUCGAUGUCCACCCGGCGCUCAAGCAAUUAUACACCGUGCCGGGCUCGAAUCACAAGGGAUUCGAGGUCGCUUGCAGCAGCUGUGGCAUUAUCUGGGCCACCGGCGACAACAUCGAGCGCCUUUCCAACGGCUACAUCUACCUCUACAAGCUUGCCUUCAGUACCCCUGCCUCGAUCUACCCGGACAACGACAAGCAGGCCUCCUUCCGCUUCACCUUUCAAGACACGAAAAGCACGAGGGCGUAUCUGAGUGGUCGAUCCAACGCCAUUGUGCUGCGAAGCGGCUGGACGUGUGCGUGCGCGGGGCAGCCCACGCCCAAGGAUGCGGUCCUAGGCCGCGGCCGAGUAUUCGUCAACCUCUUACCCGUCGACAACACCCGCUGUAACCGGCCGGUCACCGUCUGCAUCCAGACCGUCAUGGGCCAUGAUCGGUGGUGUCCAGAGGAUUCUCAUCCUGCUCCGAGCUACCUCUGGCGCUGCGCCGACCUGUCGGCCUUGGAGUAUCUCUCCGACGACGCGUACGAUUUGGCUGGCGGCCGGUCUGCAGAUCCUUUCGCGGGUACUGCAUUCAACCGUCUGGCGGUCGAGCUUGCGAUCGACGACGCCAUUCUCUCGCCUGACGUCCGGGACAACCCGAACACGUUUGACCUUCUGGCGCGAGCUUUUGGCUCGUCAUCGCUGCGUCUCCCGCUCAUGCCCGUCUUCCUCGACAGGCUCCUUGACCGGGCCGAGGCCGACGACAACCGCCACAACGACCUCCUCCGCCUUCAGAAAAGUGUUAUCCGCGGCUCUUGCGCCAAAAAGCUCAAAAAAAUCGAGCGCAGUCGUCGCACGUUUGCCGGCGCCAUCGGCUUGCGCAUCGACGCGGACCACCUUCAGUCACCUGCCUUUGAGUUUGCGCUUUUGCUCGCUCCCGACAAGUCGGCCAUGGUUCGCUGGAACAACUACCAGCUGAACAUGAGCCAAUGGGAGAAAGACAACCAAGAAGCGUGGAAGUGCCUUGACUCCAUCCAUGCGGCGUGGCAGUCCGACCCCGACCUCGACGCCGUGCGCAGCCUCACGGCUGAUGAGCUUGUUGCGAUCGGCUGGGCUGCUAUCGCAGAGCGAUGGCUGGAUAACCCGCCGGACGACUUUCCGCCGGCCCCGGACAGCUCGGCUGCGAUGUGGGACCUGCCAGUCAACAUGACAUGGAGGUCCAAGUACCACCCGGAGCUCAUGGGCCAGGACCUGGUGUCCGUCGACCUCAAGGCUGCCAAUUUUGUGGCGGUCUCGGCCAUCGCCGACGCGAUCACCGGUAACGGCGCGUUUGUCGGAUCGGCGGCAUCUUGGGCGGACUUUGUCGGAGCCCAUAUGGGAUCCAGUCGCGCCUCGGGACAUCUCAGCAAGCGCCAUCGGUUAGUGGCUCUGGGGUCGCUUCUCCCGGACGCUGUCCGUCUCGUGCAGUUUGCCAUGACCCGCGCUAUUGCCACUCUCCUCAGCUCGAACUUGGGUGACCGCUGCUCAGAGCUCAUCAUCACGUCAUGCGACGAGGUUGUUCUUGUUCCUGUUGACAGUGACGACGCACAGGCCCUUGCUGAUGAGGCCGCCGACCUCCUUGCCUCGUCUCGCUUCGCCCCUGCGCUUGUUAGCGCCCACGUCUAUCACCUCGCGCUUUGGAACUACAGCGAUGACAUGGUGCGCGCGCACGGCAACCAUUCCAGCGAGAGUGAGGACGACGACAGCACGAGCAGCGGGCAGGAGUCUCAUGUCAUCGUCUCUGACAACGCGGACGCCAUCAAAGGGUGGCUGGUCGAGUGCCCGCUUGGCGUGGCUGAGGAGCAGGCGCGUGAUGUGCGGGCCGAGAACACGUUCUGUGUCUUGAAGAACGUCACUGCAAACCGGCUGACCUUCAAGCAUCUGCCGGCCUAUCUUCGAACUCUUGCAGUGUUCGCCUUCUCCCUUGAGCUCUCCAGCUAUCUGGACGUCGAUCGUGACGCCUCACGCAAUGCAUACCUGAGUCGCAAUCGUGCUGCUGUCAUCCCGAGCGUCACAACUGUUAAGAUGGAAAAUAUCGUCUUCUCUUCGUGACCUGAGCUGCGGACGGCAACGACUGUGGCACCCUCGCGGCACCAGCCUACGUCCGAAGGCCCGCCACCCGACAGCCGAACUCGACUCUAGUCAACUGCCCUCCUCCGAUACAGGCAAGGCUGGCACAUCUCAAGGCUAAUGGGUACAGCCGGUGUGUUGCGAAAGGUAGCGGGCGUGCUUAUCUGUAGCUAGUGACGACGUGCGCCGAGGCGUCAGCCGUGGACGGCGGCGUGUCUGUGAGGGCGAGGGGAGUUUGGAGCCUUGGACCACCGGAUCCGAGAGAAAGUUUGGAGGGGUGGGAGGUGAUGGAGGGCCAGCGGAGGAACGAGUUCGAUCCUAAGUCUCCGAGCCCAGGAGCGUGGUGGCUGCAAGAACGGUGUUAUUGAAUGCUCAUUGGUGCUAAUGAAGGGAGAGAGGAGG